ACACUUUCUUGUUUCUAGAAUGCAAGAGAAUCAAUUCGGGCGGAGCUACAGAACAUUAGUUUCCGUUUCCAUUAAAUCUGCGAAUUUGAUUGGUCACCUUGCAGCCAGUGCAUGACGUCAUAUUCCUCAACCGACAGAAUCAGACAGGCAGCGGCAUCAUUACAUCAUUUGAAGUUGGAUUUUGAUCAAUUUUAUUCAUUCAAUUAGAUUGAAGCUUAUCAACCAGGUUACUUUCUAAUUAGAAGCUCCUUAUGGAAAUGAAAAAGUGUUCUCAAAGAAAAAAGGGAAGGAAAGCCGAUCCUGUAAGUGUUUAUAAAUGUAAUAUAAUAUCUUGCCAGUAAGGUUUCCAAAAUUAUUUUACACUUAAAUUGUUGAUAUCUUACUCUUAAAUAAUAGUAUGGAUAAACUUAGCAACGUUUAGGAAAUGUGAUAAGAAAAUUAAAAUAAGUAUCAAACUGUGAUAGUAAUAUUAUUUAAAUUCAUUGUUUUGCAACUAUACAAAAUGUUGCUAUAAGAACCUUUAAAUUAAACCUUAACACUGAAUUACUUAUUUUAAAUGUUAUUGAUGGUACAAGUCGAGAAUCAUUUUAGGAUCGCAGCAAAAUUAAAAAAUGUAAUAUUAGCAUAGAUUAAAUCGCAAAAGUGCUGCUAGUAAUUAUAUUUUGUUAACACAUUGCUGGCCGGUCACGAGUUAAUUCGUGUUUACGUGGCCAAGCGUUGAUGUCCGGUUACGAGUCAUAGUAAUCAUGUUAGCAGUGAUCUCGUAGUGACUAUUUUAAAAAGUGGGCGUAAUUUUUCUUACUUUUCAAGUUUUACUAAUCAAUUCACUACCAAUUUAUUAUAACUUUACGAAACCUGAUAUACUUGCAAAACUUGUGGUGUACCAUUACAAGAAUCUCGUGAAGUGUUUACACGUUUGUAUAGGUAUUUGAAAGACAGAAUGUUUGAACAUAUAAUUGUUUGGGAGAAUGAAGAGAAAGGAGACUUCUUCAUUAACUAUAUCAAUUUGAGAAAUCCCAUAUCUUCUUCAUUUUUUGAAUUAUUUAUAGCUAUGGAUAGUAUUUCACCUGUUAAAGAAGCCAAGUAUCGAAAGAGUCCCAAGUUUUACACUGAAGCAAAGAAGCGCUUCAGGUCAAAUAUUCAAAAAUUGAUCAAAGAUAAGUACUUGGUCGAAAGAAAAUUUCCUCCAUUAUCAGAGAAUCUAAAAAGUACCAAGUCAAAAUUUAGAACUUGUCGUUACACAUUUUUAAAAUUUCCUAAAUCCUGUAAAGUUCAGCAUAUGGAAAACAUAGACCUCACUAAACAUGGUACAAAGAAGUCAAAAGAAGAUCAUAACAUUGAAGAUUUAUCUCACUGCUCAUGUCUUUUUAAACUCGUUCUGUAUGCUCCGACCACUGUCGAAGGAGCGAUGGAAGGAGCGAUGUAUGCUUCGACCGCCCCCCAGGUGAAUGCCGGAAGAGAGAUGUGUGCUUCGACCGCCGCCCAGGCGAAUGCCGGAAGAGAGAUGUGUGCUUUGACCGCUGCCCAGGUGAAUGCUGGAAUAACGAUGUGUGCUUCGACCGCUGCCUUAGUCUUAGAGGUCGUUCUGUAUGCUCCGACCACUGUUGAACGAGCGAUGUGUGCUUCGACCGCCGCCCAGGCGAAUGCCGGAAGAGAGGUGUGUGCUUCGACCGCCGCCCAGGCGAAUGCCGGAAGAGAGAUGUGUGCUUCGACCGCCGCCCAGGCGUAUGCCGGAAGAGAGAUGUGUGCUUCGACCGCCGCCCAGGCGAAUGCUGGAAGAGAGAUGUGUGCUUCGACCGCUGCCUUAGUUUUAGAGCAUGGUUACGAUAUCAUGGUCCCUAUUCUCCCAUCGGAAAUCUUUUCAGAUGUGGACAUUGGUAAUAUAAUGGAUUGGGAAGACAUGGAUCUAACACAGUUAGAAGAAUAUCUAAAUGAAGAUUCUACUGAUGCAUCUCCAGAAGAACUCAUAGAAACGAAUCCUAUGCAGUCACAGUUUAGUUCUGUCUGGAAAGAAACAGUUACGAGUCAGUUCGAAGGCUAUCCGUCUGAAAAUUCCACUGAUGCAUCUCCAGAACAGCUUACAAAUGGGGAUCCCAUGUGGUGCCAAACACAACUUAGUUCGGUUUGGAACGAAACAGUUAUGAGACAGUUUGAAGACUAUCCGUGUGAGAAUUCCAUGUGGUGCCUACCACAACUUAGCUUGGAUACAAGUCUUUAUGACUGAGAAGAUAAAUUCAUUGUAUUUAUCAAGUGCCUGUUGAAAGGGGAGAAAAGAUUUUGUUGUCUGUUUGUUCAAAUUGCUUCUCUGCAUGAGAAAAUUUUUUUGUAGUCAUGGUUCCCGGUGGUAACCAGAUAUUGAUGCCAUUUUUGAAAUAUGUUUUUACCUUAACUUAAAUGAGAGCAAUGGAAUGUUUCUAAUUUUAUUGUUACACAUAUUUAAGUUUCCACUAUUUCUUGAUCAACAGCAUAAGGAUGACAAAGUGGUCUGCAUUGUGCACAAACUGCCUUUAUUUCCCAGACAAUUUAAUACCUAGCAAUCUAAAGAUAGUCUCCAAGCUGCUUCUGGGAAUUAAACCCUCGUCCUUCAAGGAUGACAGUUCAGCUCCUUAACCACUUAUACAUCGCAGCCUACUCUUUAUAAUUGAGUUCUAAAAUAUAAUUAGCACCAAAAUGAUAAGUUUUGUUUUUUAAAAUUAAGAGAAUCUAUUAUCUUCUCUUAUUCUUCAAUGACAAAAUGGAUAAGAUAUUAUCUUAUUCUUCAAUGACAAAAUGGAUAAGAAAAUUUCAAGGGUGAAAUAUUUUUAAAAAAAACCCAUCUUAACUGCAGACUCAUUCUAAGUACAGUUGAUGUUUUAAUUCAAAUUAGGUAACUGUAAUGGCACAAUUGUUAAGGCAGUGAGCUUGUCUCUGCAGCAUGGUCUCAAAAGUUCAGAACUGUAACCUCAUUGAUACAUUGGCCGACAAACAGCCUUUGUAGACAUGCUUUGCUUUUUUUGGACGGUGCCUCAACUUGUGAUACAGGAAUUUUACAUGGUGAUUUUAUAUAGUGUUGUAAAAUUCAUUAUUAUAACUGGAUCCCUCAUACUCCACUUCUUGUGCUGAUGAUGAAAUAGACUGUAACAAUCAGUUCCACAUUUUUGUAAUUCAAACCUGUAAAUAAGAACUUAACAUUUUGUAUGAUAUGAUGCACUGCAAAACCUGUAGAUGACUCUUAUAUUUGGUAUGGCUUGGUGCACUGCAAUGCUAAGAUGACAAUUGUUAAAGCUAGGAAAAAGCCAUUUUGAGUUUCACAAUAAAUCUAAAUUUUAAUGGCAUCAAUAUCUGGUAAAUAAAUCAAUCAAAUUUGUUUUGUUUUUUUAUCUCCUCUUUGAUUAUUUUUAUUACUAUUUUAAUUCUGUUCAAAUUUUGAAAUCCAUUUAAUUUCUGUUUAAGAUUUCGUUAUAUUAUGUGUGCAAUAAGAUUUCUGCAUAUGAGAAUAUGUUAUCCAUUAUUAUGAUUAUGUGUGCAAUAAGAUUUCUGCAUAUUAGAAUAUGUUAUCAAUUAUUAUGAUUAUGUUUGCAAUAAAAUUCCGUAUAUGAGAAUAUGUAAUCAA